GUUCACAUGUAUCCCAUCCUGUAGUCCUGCCAUGCUGGCAUCCAAAACCACAUUCGAACUGAAGCAUGAGGCGGGUGCGCACGCGUUUGACAGCUCGGUCGCCAUUUUUAACAGUUUGACGUUUGGCAGGCCUUUCGGCUGACGUUGACUAUAGCUGUGUCGUGCGAUGCGAUCGGUGCGGUGAUGUGCGGUGCUAGUUUGUGAUGUGUGUGUGAUUUUUUAUAUACAUAAUUGGCGGUAACUCCCAUCUAGUCCACACAGUACAUAAAAAUGUUAAUACAGUUCAACUAGUGAGUUAGUUAAAAGUAUUAAAAGAAAUUAUCGUAGAUUAAAGAAACUGAAAGAAAGAUAAAGAAGGAAAAAUGGAUACGAAGAACGAUGGACGCACAGAUGACAUUGAGCUCAGUGCUCAGGGCACGAGCACCAAACCUAGCAACGUCGCAACCAAAUCUGACCUUCCCGAGAGAGGAUCCUGGGCCAGCAAACUCGACUUCAUCCUUUCUGUGAUCGGCUUAGCCAUCGGUCUGGGCAAUGUGUGGCGGUUUCCGUACCUCUGCUACAAGAAUGGCGGCGGCGCCUUCCUCAUCCCCUACUUUCUCACCCUGAUCCUCGCUGGGAUCCCCAUGUUCUUCAUGGAGCUGGCCAUGGGACAGAUGCUGACCAUCGGAGGACUGGGCGUGUUCAAGAUUGCGCCUAUCUUUAAAGGUAUUGGUUAUGCGGCGGCUGUGAUGUCCUGCUGGAUGAAUGUGUACUACAUCGUCAUCCUGGCUUGGGCUAUCUUCUAUUUCUUCAUGUCGAUGCGAUCAGAAGUGCCAUGGCGCAACUGCGACAACUACUGGAACACGGCGAACUGUGUGAACCCUUACGAACGCAAGAACCUGACCUGCUGGUCCACCAGUGACAUGACGCAGUGCAUCCUGAAUGGCAGGAACGUCAGCAAGACUGCGCUCUCUGAUCCGGUGAAGGAGUUCUGGGAACGCCGAGCCCUCCAAAUAUCCAGCGGCAUCGAGCACAUCGGCAACAUUCGCUGGGAGCUGGCCGGGACCUUGCUGCUGGUGUGGGUGCUGUGCUACUUCUGCAUCUGGAAGGGGGUGCGGUGGACCGGCAAGGUCGUCUACUUCACCGCGCUGUUCCCUUACUUCUUGCUGACGGUGCUGCUUAUCAGAGGUAUCACCUUGCCUGGUGCGAUGGAAGGCAUCAAGUUCUACGUGAUGCCCAACAUGUCUAAACUGCUGGAGUCCGAAGUGUGGAUCGAUGCUGUGACCCAGAUCUUCUUCUCAUACGGCCUGGGUUUGGGCACCCUCGUCGCUUUGGGCAGCUACAACAAGUUUACCAACAACGUUUACAAGGAUGCUUUGAUAGUGUGCACCGUCAACUCAAGUACGUCGAUGUUUGCCGGCUUCGUCAUCUUCUCCGUGGUCGGCUUCAUGGCGCAUGAGCAGCAGCGGCCUGUCGCAGAGGUGGCUGCUUCAGGUCCUGGUCUAGCCUUCCUGGCGUAUCCUUCGGCCGUGUUACAACUACCAGGCGCUCCGCUCUGGUCGUGCUUAUUCUUCUUCAUGCUGCUCCUCAUCGGUCUGGACAGCCAGUUCUGCACCAUGGAGGGCUUCAUCACGGCCGUCAUCGACGAGUGGCCCAAACUCCUCAGAAGAAGGAAGGAAAUAUUCAUUGCUAUUACCUGCGUGAUAUCGUAUUUGGUCGGGCUGUCGUGUAUUUCGGAGGGAGGAAUGUACGUCUUCCAAAUCCUCGACUCGUACGCCGUCUCCGGUUUCUGCCUGCUGUUCUUGAUCUUCUUCGAGUGCGUGUCCAUAUCCUGGGCCUUCGGCGUCAACCGCUUCUACGACGGCAUCAAGGAGAUGAUCGGGUAUUAUCCCACCAUCUGGUGGAAGUUCUGCUGGGUCGGAUUCACGCCUGCUAUUUGCAUUAGCGUGUUCAUCUUCAACCUGGUGCAAUGGAAGCCGAUCAAGUACAUGACGUACGAGUACCCCUGGUGGUCACAUGCAUUCGGUUGGUUCACGGCGCUGUCUUCCAUGCUGUGCAUUCCUGGAUACAUGGUCUAUCUGUGGCACGUCACUCCUGGGACUCGAAUGGAGAAAUUCCACAAAAUAGUACGCAUCCCCGAGGACGUACCUUCCCUCCGGACCAAGAUGCAGGCCGAAGAGCUGGCCAAGCAUCAGCAGCCCUAGACUCCACGUCGACUUAACGCCACAGAUCUCAGGACUGGACACGAAACGAUGGGGUUCUAGUGGAGACGGAUCAAUUAUAUUCUUGCAUAGUUCCACUAUAUUCGUCAUAUAAACAAUAUAGUGCGUUUAUUGAUCAUUCAUAGCUUUGUAUUUUAUUAGUUACACUAUAUUCGGCGAUGUUAUUAUUCAAAGACUAUGCAAGAAAAUAAUAUGGGAAGCGAAGGGCAAAAUAUAUUCUAAAACAUCACGCACAAAAUAAUAUUGUUAUAUAACUAUGUUUAAAUUUCGUGCCAUAUUAUUUUGUUAGUUAUAUUGUUUGUAAGUUGUUUUAUUUUAGACAAUUAUUUAGUAAGGUGUAUUUAUGCUUGUUUUGCUUGUAAAACAUUUUACUUUAUCGAAAUAUGCCUAAGACAUAAUAUAAAUUGUGAGAUUAAUAAUUAUACAUGUUAGAUUAUAAUUAUAUAAACAAAAUGUAGUGUGCCAAUGACUUUUAGUGUAUAAUUUAAUGAUUUGACGACUUUUUGGGUGCGUCGCGACGCGUUCAUGUAUGUUUAUAGUUUACGUUAUAUUUUUAAGUGAUACUUUAAUAUAUUUAAGAGUUCGGAUGAUUGGUGUAUAAUUAAUUAAAUGUUAACUAUCUGUUAUGUCUUCCAUUUAAAUCUUUUAGAUAAUGUAACGUUUAUAUCGACGCUAAAGUCGCUGCUUAUUUUGUUUUCGGAAACUUUAUGUACCUGAGUUCAAAUUAUAUUUUAAAAAAAAACCUCACCUUUAAGGUUUCAUUGAAAUAUUUUACCAGAUUUUAUCAGACAAGAAUGUUGUCAAUUGUCAAAAUUAUUAGUUAUUAUAUUAUUAUGCAUGUGAAAUGUAUCUUGCGACUAUAAACCUCUGUUAUCCUUAAAGGAUUUAGCCUCAUAUCGUGUAUGUUUAGUGUUUGUAGAAGAUAUUAUCAAUAUAGCUUAAUUGUAUCGAAUAUUGCUUAAACCUAAAACGCAACAAGACGCGUCUUUAACUUGAAUCUAUAUGGUGUUUUAAAAUAUUAUGUCUAAGAGGAAUAUUAUAGCAUACAUAUAUUUACAGAACAGCUUUCGAUGUAUUUAUUCUUUUUGCAACAAAUAUACCUUUUAAAUGCAUUUUAGUUGAGUUUUCGUAAGUAAGUAAACUACUCAGAAGUUUGAUUUUGGUUGUUCAGCUUUAAUAAUUGUAUAAUUUUGAAAACAUUUAGUUUUACAAGAUAUUAUAGUAUAUUUUGUGAACAUCUAGGAUCUAAUCCGAUAGAGUAGUAAUCUACAUUUAUUUAUAAGAUCAAAAUUAAAUCUUAACUCUGUGUUCUAAUCGAGACCAACAUCUAUACAAAACAAUAAUUGAUAAACAUUUAUUCUAAAUCUAUCAUUAUACUGUAGAUUUUCUAAUAAAAUUGCUGUUGCCAAAAUAUUUGAGAAAAUUUUAUCUAUGUCUAAAAAUCAGGCGAUCUGUUUAGAGAUUGAAUAUAUUUACACUGAAAAUCUUCUACUUAUUCCCAUAUAUUUGUUAAAAUACGUUUUUAAAUGUCCAAACAUUAUUUUUAAAUAUUAAAAAGCUUUCUACUCUACUUUAUACAACAAAAUAUAUCAAAAUUAAUAUUUACGUGUUCAAUAUUUAGAGGGUUUUUGUCUAUUUAUAAUGUCAAUUUCAAAUAAAAAUAUAGUAAACAUUCGUAAUUCAUUAAAUGUAUGCAUUUAGACGUGUUUAUAAUGUUUAUGACAAUAUUAUAAGAGAAACUAUAUAAUCGUAUAUUAUAAGGUAAAAUAUAAAUAAUAUAAUAUAAUGAUGUGACUUUAUCAUAGGGCAUAUUUAGUCAAAUUAACAUUUUAGGUUUAUUUUAUUAAACUGUUUAUUAAUGCAGAAUAUUAUAGAAUGUGAAUUGGGUUAUAUAUAUAAUUUUAAAAUACAUAUUAUUUAUUUGUGCGUUAUUUAAUGUGAGUUUAUGUUUGUGAAUGUAUCUAAGUCUGCAUAUAAAGUGCUAUGAUGAUUGUGCUUCCAUAUAUUUUAGAUAUAAUACUAGCUUAUUUAGUUAUAAUGAUAAUUUUAGUUGCAUAUCGAUGUGUACUUCAUCAUAAAACUGAUUUUACUGCACUCAAUUAACAAAACUUUUUGGAAACAUAGUAUAUUAAAGUUCAGUCAAAUUAUCACAAUAAUAUUGA